GAUGGGACAGCAAAUUCAUCAAUCGGGCCAAAGUGGGCUUUAUUCGGCCCACAUUCAUUCUUCCCGAGAAGGGAGAACCGUUAAACCUCGAACCGUCUGAAAAGAUUGAGACUUUGCACCGCCACCUAUUAACCCACUAUUUUCCCUAAACCCCUAAAACCCCGACCAUGCAAUGCCUCACGACCGCCCUCCGCCACCACCGUCACUAUCAGACGAUUAGGCUCCUGCUAUUACGCCACUACAGGCCCCACAAAAUCCCGAAUCCGCCGUCGCCACCCAAACCCCCAAAGCCCCCUCAGAGGCCUCAGACCUUCACGUUCCACGACCACACUUGGGAGGAUCCCUAUAGCUGGAUGUCGCAGUUAAACGAUAAGGUUUCUAUGCGACAUAUGGAUGUGUACAUGGAGCAAGAGGAAAAGUAUACGGAGGCAGUCAUGUCUGACACAGAGCGUUUACAGAGCAAGCUGCAAUCAGAGAUGGCGUAUCGCUUACAAGUGGACCUUUCCACCCCUCCCCUUCGCUAUGGCCCAUGGUUGUAUUAUCGGAGGGUUGAAGAAGGAAAGCAGUAUCCAGUCCUCUGUCGGAGACUUGCAAGCCUAAAUGAAGGCUUCAUAUCUCAUAAAUCUCCCUCUGCAGGGUUUGAUUUUACCUCUGGGAAGAGAAUUGAGCAGAAGCUGCUUGAUUACAAUCAAGAAGCUGAGAGAUUUGGAGGUUAUUCUUAUGAGGAAUUAUCUGAAGUGUCACCGGAUCAUCGGUUCCUUGCAUACACUAUGUAUGAUAAGGACAAUGACUUUUUUAAGUUAUCGGUUAGAAAUUUAAAUACUGGCUCAUUAUGUAGUAAGCCUCAAGCAGAUCGUGUUUCGGAUUUGGCAUGGGCCAAGGAGGGGCAGGCAUUGCUUUAUGUUGUUACUGAUGGUAAGAAGAGGCCUUGCCGGAUUUACUGUAGCAUGAUAGGAUCAACUGAUGAAGAUGUUUUACUUCUAGAAGAACCAGAUGAUAAGGUUAACGUUCACAUAAGGAAUACUAAGGAUUUCCGCUUUGUGACUGUAAAUAUAUUCUCGACCAAAUCUUCAAAGGUCUAUUUGAUAAAUGCAGCUGAUCCAUUAUCUGAUAUGAUGCUGGUAUGGGAGUGUGAAGCUCUUACUCACUGCAUAGUUGAGCAUCAUCAGGGGUACCUUUAUUUAUUUACUGAUGCUGCCAAAGAUGGUCAGCUGGUUGAUCAUCACUAUCUUCUUCGAACUCCUGUUGGCACUUCAUCUGGGCAAAGGAUCUGGGAGAGAGUAUUCAUGGAUGAAAAGGAUUUGAUUGUCGAGGAUGUUGAUUUUUGUAAUACACACUUGGCACUGAUUUUAAAGGAAGGUCAGAAAUAUAGACUAUGCUCAGUUCCGCUACCUUUGCCCAAUGGGAAGGAAGCAUUUAAUCUGAAAGAGUUGCACCCAUGUUUCCUUCCUCUUCCAAAGCAUGUCAGUCAAAUUUCUCCGGGACCAAAUUACGACUUCUUCUCAUCAACCAUGCGUUUUACGAUAUCAUCACCUGUGAUGCCUGAUGCUGUGGUCGAUUAUGACUUGUCAAAUGGCAAGUGGAAUAUCAUUCAGCAGCAAAAUCUGCUUCUGGAAAGAACUAGAAUUUUGUAUGGAACAGCCUCUUCAUCAAACAUCACUGAACAUUCCUCAACUACCAAAGUUUCUUAUGCUACAGAUGUAGAGGAUGAUAACCUGUGGAAUGACCUCUCUGAGUUCUAUGCCUGUGAAAUUUUUGAUGUCUCUUCUUACGAUGGGGCUCUGGUUCCGUUAACUAUUGUAUAUUCUCGCAACAACAAAAAGGAGAAUCAAAAUCCUGGGUUGCUUCAUGGGCACGGGGCAUAUGGUGAGUUACUUGACAAACGGUGGCGCAGUGAAUUGAAAAGCCUUCUUGAUCGUGGUUGGGUUGUGGCAUAUGCUGAUGUGAGAGGUGGAGGUGGUUAUGGGAAGAGGUGGCAUCAUGCUGGCAGAAGUAUAAAGAAGCAUAAUUCCAUCCAAGAUUACAUCGCUUGUGCUAAGUUUCUUACUGAAAAAGGUAUUGUGCAUGAGAACAAGCUUACUGGUUGGGGUUAUAGUGCUGGAGGGUUGUUGGUUGCUUCGGCCAUCAAUUAUUGUCCAGAUCUAUUUCGCGCUGCAAUAUUGAAGGUCCCAUUUCUGGAUGCAACGAACACUCUUCUCUAUCCCAUCUUACCCCUUAUAGCUGCUGACUAUGAGGAAUUUGGGUACCCUGGGGACAUCAAUGAUUUUCAUGCCAUACGGGAAUAUUCUCCCUAUGACAAUAUCCAGAAGGAUGUACUUUAUCCGGCUGUAUUGAUAACCUCAUCUUUUAAUACAAGAUUUGGGGUUUGGGAAGCUGCAAAGUGGGCUGCUCGAGUCCGUGAGCGUGCUAUAUAUGAUCCCACGAGGCCCAUACUGCUCAACUUAAUAACCGAUAUAGUGGAGGAAAACAGAUACAUGCAAUGCAAGGAGGCGGCAUUAGAGACUGCAUUCCUGUUAAAGAUAAUGGAGUCAUAAACUUGUUUUAUGAUCCCAACACCCCACCAUCUCUGAAUCUGUUCAACUCAAGUCCUGGCCAGUUUGCAAGUGAGUGGUAUGCUUCUGUUCAGAAAUCAACUUCUGAUGGGUGAAAAUCACUCAAUUUCCUAUUGGAAUGGAUGACCAGCUAAAGGAGAAGCUUAAAUCUGCUAAAGCGGCCUGUGAAGUUCAGACAGGAAUGGUUGUGCAAGCACAAGGCCAUUAUUUCAGACAUGUUUUCCUUUAGCCAACUGAGAUUGUAAGUUUGGUAUCUGUACAUGUCAAUGUAUCUCAUGUCAUGUAAAUUUUUUUUGAAAAUAAGAUGGUUUUAAAUUGUGCAAA